AUGGCUCUCAGCGAUGCAGACGUACAGAAGCAGAUUAAGCACAUGAUGGCCUUCAUCGAACAGGAGGCAAAUGAGAAGGCAGAAGAGAUUGAUGCCAAGGCUGAAGAGGAGUUCAACAUUGAGAAGGGACGACUGGUUCAAACUCAGCGGUUGAAGAUAAUGGAAUAUUAUGAAAAGAAAGAGAAGCAGAUUGAGCAGCAAAAGAAAAUCCAAAUGUCUAACCUUAUGAACCAGGCCCGACUGAAGGUCCUGAAGGCUCGCGAUGACAUGAUCUCAGAAAUGUUGAAUGAAGCUCGUCAAAGGCUUGCUAACAUUGCAAAGGAUCCAGCCAGGUAUCCAGCUCUGAUGGACGGCUUGAUUUUACAGGGUUUGUAUCAACUUUUGGAGGAAAAAGUAACUAUUCGCUGCCGUAAGCAGGAUGUCCAAAUGGUACAGACAUCAAUCCAGAAGACUAUUCCUACUUAUAAAGCAGCUGUGAAAAAUAAUCUGGAAGUACGCAUUGAUCAGGACAAUUACCUGUCUUCAGAUAUCUCUGGAGGUAUUGAGCUCUAUAAUGGAAAUGGAAAGAUUAAAGUGUCCAACACUCUGGAGAGCAGACUGGAUCUCAUGGCUCAGCAGAUGAUGCCUGACAUUAGAGUGGCUCUUUUUGGUGCCAAUCCAAAUCGCAAGUUUAUGGAUUGA